UGUAUAUUGGAUUUAAUCACGCCUCUUUAUCUUUCUCCAAUUCAACAAGAUCGGAGAAGAGACAACAAUGGAGAAGACCCCAAACACUCACGCUACAGAUGGAGAGCUCAACGAUGGAAAAGACGCCAUUAACAAUGGCUCCGUCUGUGGUUACGAUUCUCUUCAUCGACUCCUUGCUGCAAAUCUCAAGCCUCAGAUAUUUCAGGAAGUUAGCCGGUUGCUAUUAGGGCUUAACUGUGGAAAGCCGCUUCAAACUAUUUCUCUUGCAGAGCCUGUAAAUAGUCUUUCUCUAGAGCACGAUUUUGACCUCCAGGCUUUCCGCUUUCAUGCUGAUAAGGAAUCAGUGAGAGAACCUCGAAUAGUACGAGUGGGUCUUAUUCAAAAUUCAAUUGCUCUUCCAACAACUGCCCCCUUUUUAGACCAAAACAGGGCUAUUCUUGAGAAAGUAAAGCCAAUUAUUGAUGCAGCAGGUGCUUCUGGAGUCAACAUAUUAUGCUUGCAAGAAGCAUGGAUGAUGCCAUUUGCUUUUUGUACCCGUGAAAAGCGGUGGUGUGAAUUUGCAGAGCCAAUCGAUGGGGAAUCAACACGGUUUCUUCAGGAUCUUGCAUUAAAAUACAACAUGGUCAUUGUAAGUUCCAUUCUCGAGAGAGAUGUUAGUCAUGGGGAUACUCUAUGGAAUACUGCUGUUGUUAUUGGUAAUCAUGGAAACAUAAUUGGCAAGCAUCGCAAGAACCAUAUACCAAGAGUUGGCGACUUUAACGAGAGCACAUAUUACAUGGAAGGGAACACCGGGCAUCCUGUGUUCGAGACAGCCUACGGGAAGAUUGGAAUAAAUAUAUGUUACGGGAGGCACCACCCUUUAAACUGGUUAGCUUUUGGCUUAAAUGGUGCCGAGAUCGUUUUCAACCCUUCUGCAACUGUUGGUGAACUCAGUGAACCAAUGUGGCCUAUUGAGGCUCGAAAUGCGGCAAUAGCAAAUAGUUAUUUUGUCGGAUCGAUCAAUCGUGUUGGGACUGAGAUUUUCCCAAACCCAUUCACUUCAGGCGAUGGGAAACCACAACAUACAGAUUUUGGUCACUUCUACGGGUCCAGCCAUUUCUCUGCACCAGAUGCAUCUUGCACUCCCUCACUCUCCCGUUACCGGGAUGGUUUAUUAAUCUCCGACAUGGAUCUUAACUUGUGUAGGCAGCUGAAAGAUAAAUGGGGAUUCCGAAUGACUGCUCGGUACGAGGUGUAUGCCGAAAUACUUGCUCGGUAUCUAAAACCUGACUUUGAGCCUCAGGUCAUUUCUGAUCCUUUGUUACACAAGAAGGCUUCUUGAAGUAUAGUCAAUUGGAAAGUUUAGAAAAGAAGUCAUUAUGUAAGUUAAACUUGUUGAAUAAUUUAUAAUCCAAUGUGAAAAGUAAGCUCACUUCCCUUUUGUUUGUAAUCUUUGCCCAUAAUUUUACCUGUUUGUAGACAAACUUACUGGGAAAAAAAGAAAUAAGAAAGGCAUGCUGCUGAUGGAUGGAAAAUGAUAUUGGUCUUGAGUUGUU